AUGGGUAUUUUCACUGGUGAUGAUGAUAAGGAAACAAAGGAUUACAAUGAUAAGCUGGUUUCAACCUCCUUAAAAGAACGAUUGAAUGACAGUUUUCAAUCGAUGGGGGACUCGAUAUUUUCUGUAUGGAAGGAUGCAGUUCAUCAUGUCGAAAACCCUAUCUCCGAUCUCUGGGUUAAUGCUAGCGGUGGUGUUGGUGAUAUACUGGCUGGACUUGGGUUUCCAGGUGGUUUUGGUCAUCCGGCGAGGAUUUUAAAGUUGAUGGAGGACAACACUACGCAGGAAGGUACGACUGGACUUUACGGAUACAGAACUCCUUCCGACAAGCAGUUCAUGGAGUGCCAAGAGCUCAAAGGUCUCUCGGUCUGGGAUUCUCGCGGCUGGUGGAGGUGCUUGUUUCCUGAAAGUGUAAUUGGAUCCAAGCUGGCACCAGAACAUAUGAUAGAUGUUCUGACUCGUGAAAAGGUGGAAAAUGACAAGAACCACCGUUUGGGAUUGUUUUUCACCGAGUACACUUCGUACUUGACUUGGCGUACAAACAUUCUACGGCUCGCUGAAAACCGUCGCAACUCAUUGGCUGCUAAAGCUCACGACUGCGACGAGAUUCAAAGCAUAAUGGCCACCCCUGAAGAUUUGAUGGACCGUGCAACUGGAAAAAGCGUAGUGGGAACUUCCGAGUACGUCACUUACAAUACGACACCCGAGGGAUUGGAGAAAAUUAAGGAAGUCAAGACCUUCUAUGAUGACGGUAGUGUUAAGCUACGGUCCGAAAAGCAACACAGGGACUCUAACGGUAAGUCUCAUAUAGACUCGUUUGAGAAAAUAAUCGCAGACCAUGACGAUAUCAAAGACGGAUGGUUUUGGCGAAAGUGA